AUGCCACCUCCUGACACGGAUCUCUUCCGAUACACCAGUGGCCGUUGGCUAUGGGACGAGGAGCACCAACUUCGGGACCGAUUUUCGCCUUUCAAUGUGCCUGAAUUGCAGCAAAUUGCGGCGCAAAGUGUUGGAGCGGACACAUGCACUGCGAUGACAAAAAUGGCUGAAGGAUCAUUCAACAAAACCUUCCGGCUUGAGAUGGAUAAUGGAUCAUCUGUGAUCGCAAGAAUACCCCAUCCUAUUGCCGGGCCAAGGUACUACACCACGGCAUCUGAAGUUGCAACAAUGGAAUUUGCCCGUACAAUCCUCGGAAUACCAACACCUCAAGUAUAUGCUUGGAAUGCAGAUGUGAACAACGCUGUCAGCUCUGAGUAUAUAAUAAUGGAGGAAGCCCCCGGUACAAAGCUGGAAGACAUAUGGCAUGUUCUUUCUCUCGAAGAGAAGAUAGAGAUCAUGAAGGAUCUCGUUAAACUAGAGAAUAAAAUGCUUCAAGCGCCACUGAAUAGUUAUGGGAGUUUGUACUAUGCAAGUGCUAACAUCAAAGAUGCUGUGCCAGUCGACAUAUGUGCAGAUGUAUCUUCUGAGCUCAAGGACAAAGUCCAACGUCGUUUUGUCAUAGGCCCAGUCGCAGAAAGAAACUAUUGGUUGAAAGAACGUGCAGAGAUGGCUUUUGAUCGUGGACCAUUGACUUCAGCAACGCAGAACUCUCCAAGCAGUCAUAUCUCUUUACUACACAAGUAUCUCAAAGUUGCUACUUAUCUCCUCCCAAACGACCCGGCGGUAGUUGCACCAUAUAUCUGGCAUACAGAUCUAUAUUCUGGAAACAUCUUUGUCCAAAAUGGCAAAAUCUCCAGCGUUAUAGAUUGGCAAGGUCUGUGGGCAGCGCCCUUGAUACUUCAAGCACGCCAUGCAAGGCUAGUGAAUUAUAAUGGGGAAAUCAUUUUGAAAGCCCCUGCAAACUUCAAUGAUCUUGAUCCAGCGGAAAAGACUCGGAUCAGAGGUCUUAUGCGUAGCUCGAUACUGCUCUACCUCUAUGAAAAGCAAAUUGCUAAAGAAAUUCCCCUCUUUAAUAAAGUCCUCCGAUUUGACCACGGCCGGAUACGGUGCGAUCCAGUCUUGUUCGUGGGCGACACAUGGGAUGAUGAACUUAUACCCUUGCGAGAAUCUCUGAUAAGGUUUGAGAGAAGCUGGGAUGAAAUGGGAUUCGACUUUCCAGGUCCUAUUCAUUUUACAGAGUACGAUCUCCGUAUUCAUGCAGAGGAAAGCGACGGAUGGAAUGAUGUGCAGGAGUUCUGGGACUCUGUUGCGGAUAUAGUAUCGAGAGAUGGUUGGACACCGCAUCGUCUAUAUGAUGAUGCCAUUUCUCUGUUCACAGAGCUACGAGAUAUUGGGCUGAAAGCUAUGGUAGGCAAGGAGAGAGACACAUUUGAAAAGCAGACACAGUGGGCCAAGAAGCAUUAA